AUGGCUGCAGCCAGCGGCGAGGGGACAGCAGGGACCCAACUCCUGCCAGCUGGCACUGCCCUGGCCCUGCUCGGUGGCCUGGUCUACCUGGGCACCCUGUGUGCUGCCUGUAAACGGAAGGGCAGGAAGAAGGUCGCUCCAGAUGGGGUGAAGCUCGUGGAUAAGGCCCUGCUCCGCCAGACACAGCUGCGGUCACUCAGCAAGUCGGACACGAAGCUGCACGAGCUGUACCGGCUGAAGGUCAGAGACGAUGUGCAGCGUCCGGCCAGCCUGGAUCUCCCCUGUCCCACGGCCCCUGGAGGCGAAUCCCUGCACAGCUCUGGCCUCCUGCACCGUGAGCUGCCCCAGAUCCCCGUCCCUGAGCCCCCGGCUGCUUCCCCAGCCCCUGACCAGACCUACUCCAACCUGCUCUUCACCCCGCUGAGGAAAUCAGCGCCAGACACUGUCUAUGAGUGCCUGGCAGUGCGGGGGGAGGACACCCCGGUGCCCUCCAUGCCAAGUGGCACCCAGGUGUCCCCUCCACGGGCUGUGCAUGGGGCAGCUGAUUAUGCCUGUGUCCAUAAAGUGAAGAAGGCAGUGUCGGUGGAGGUGCAGGAUGGGGCUGUGGCAGGACCCUCUGGAGCACAGCACAGCUGGGAUGGUGCAGGCAAUGCUCCUCAGGCCAAGCUGGAGGAGAUGUACUCGACGGUGUGCAAAGCCACCAAGAAGAAAUCUCAGGUCCCUGCAUCAACCCCGAGGGCUGUGAAGGAGGCAGGUUCUGGGUGGCCACCCCCCUGCCAGCAGGAGGGAGCAGCAGCCCCAGGCCCCCCUGACCCCUGCUACGAGUCCAUCAACGACAGAGCAUGGACUGCUCAGGGCCGUGGCCCCGACCCUGACUAUGAGGCUGUGGACAUUAACUGGAAGAAGGCAGCAAAACGGGACAAGCCAGGGAAGAAGCCCUGUGGCCCCGAGAACCUGUACGAGAGUGUGGUGGACAUUUGGGCAGGGGAGUCCCGGAAAGCCUCUGCCCGGACAGCAGCCAAUGGGCUGGAGGUUUACAUCACCAACCUAUAGCCCCUGGGGGCAGGGGCAGUGCCACAG